AUGUUGCCUAUAAUAAUUGCCCACGAACUUCAGUGGAAAACUCGUGCUGCAUAUUUUAUUGUCUCCACCAUAGUUGAUAGUACAGCCCCCCAAAAGUAACUCACCACCACGCAUGUAUAUAUUCCUUGAUUAUUCCCAAAACCUCCCCAAAGUCCCUGCGGAAAGAAAAUUUAGGAAAUCCAUCUUAACUCCCCUGCCACCAGAGGUAGCAUGGCAGAUGAAUGCACUGAAAGCUCUGUUGCGACCUCUUCUUCUACACACACCUGGUGGGAUCUCCAUUCAAGCUCUCUCUCUUCUUGGAACAAUUCCAGCCCGUGGCAGCCUCCUCGCAGUUACCCUAGUUCCCACUCUUCUAAAUGCGAAGAGGAUGCUUCCAUUUCUACCCCUUUCACGAACGCUUCCAAUCACUCCGGCCUAAGCGUCGAUUCCUCUAAUGAUCAGUUGAUUGCAGAAACUGCUUCUGCUAGUGAUCAUCUUUGGAGCCAGGUUCUCCUAUCAGGUGUUGAAAGUAAUAGAGAACUGCAAGACAGCCAAGGUGUUGGAGAGAACUUACUCCAUGCUCUCUCUGCGCCCAAGAACUUAUCAACACGGAUGCACCAACCUGCCACUGACUACUUGAAGAAACUGGACAACAGUUGGGAAUUCUCUGGCUCCACCUGUUCCAACGAUUUAGAAAACUUGACUGCAGAAAGUGAAAGGCAAACCAGGUUCUCUAAUUUGGUGUGCAACUGGUCCAUUGCCCCACCAGACCCACAAGUCAAUCCCCAGUUGCAGCACCAACCAUACAAUCUAUAUUUGAGCUCCUCCAUGGAUCAUCACUAUUCACCACCUGAUAUUUGUCAUGAGACACCAAUUUUCACUGAACCAAAUAAAAAUUCUGGCCUGUUUUCGUGUUAUGGUCAUGAAAUAGAAGUGCUUGAUCAGAAUGAACACAGAAAGAUUGAAGCGCCCCGUAGCUCUGUAGUAGUGGGACAGAACAGUGGAUGCUAUUACGGAAUGAAUGACUUGCUCUGCACUGUAAAUGCAAGAAACUUUUCUGAGGUUGUCUCCUUUAGUAGCAAAUUGAGCAAACCAUUAUUGGGUCCUUGUUUGUCGACCAAACCCUGUCAAAAAUCGUCAGGUUCAUCUUAUUUUAAGAAGCAAACACUCCAAACAAAUUCUAAUUCUCGUACAAGAAACAACGGAAAAGGGCAUCUAAUCACAAAUGAAGCAAAGAAGAAACGAUCUGAACACAGUUCAGAGAUUGCUCUAAAGAAGCCAAAACAUGGGAUCUCCGCAGUUUCAUCGGUAGAGUUGCAGGCUCCAAAAGUAAAGCUUGGAGACAGGAUUUCAACUCUUCAACAAAUUGUGUCACCGUUUGGAAAGACGGACACUGCAUCGGUGUUAUUAGAAGCACUUGGAUACAUAAGGUUUCUUCAAGAGCAAGUGCAGUUAUUAAGCAGUAGCUACACAAGGACUAACACAAGCAAAGACCAAUGGGGAGAGUUGGAUAGGAAUAAUAAGAGUGUAAAACUUGACCUUAGGAGUAAAGGACUUUGUUUAGUUCCUAUAUCCUCUACUCCUCAAAUUUAUCACAAGAACACAGGAUCAGAGUACUGGACACCAACAUAUAGAGGCUUUCUUUACAAAUAAAAGUUGACAAUGCUUCAUUUGUUCUAUUUCUUGUGGUCCAAUUAUGUCAUUAGAAAUUUCUUAAAUAAAUAAUAAACGAAUGAAAGUAUUCAUGGUA